UCCCAUCCAACCAUUAAAACAAGUCUAUUACUCACACGUCCUUGUGGAAAGGGAAUUGACUUUGGAGGCAGCAUUUUAAGAGAAAAUAAGGGACUCGAUGAUGUUGAGGAAAUAAACUUAACAGAUCAAAAUUGGGAAAUGGAGAUGGAUCUGUCCCUCAAAAUAGAUUCCAAGGAAAAAGAAGAAGAUAUGGAAGAAUCAAUGGAUUCUAAGAUGCAAGUAGAGGAAGCAGAAGCUGCUGAAGAUAAAGAGGUCACAUCAAUGGCUGCCGCAGGUGAAGUAGAAGAUGUUGAUGCACCAUUAGAAUUGUCCUUGCAGGGAAACAACAAAACACACGAGUUGUCUGUCUUACAACUGGAGAUGAAUCGAAUGAAAGAAGAGAACAAAGAGUUAAGGAAAGUGGUUGAGAAAACCAUGCAAGAUUACUAUGAUCUUCAGAUGAAGUUUGCUGUUAUUCAGAAAAACGACCAUAAGCAGGAUCCUCCAAUCUUUCUUUCACUGAAUGGAAAUGGAAAUGGAAACGGAAACUCAAGUCAAGACCAGCAACCUAUUCAAAGAAACUUAAACAUUGGCAAUCACCAAAAACAUGGACCAUCAGAAGGUGAUCAUAAUGAUGAAAAGAACGAAGAAGAACUAGGGCUGUCACUAAGGCUACAAAUCAGUUCCAGUCAAAGAGAGAGAGAGGAAGAACACAAUAAGGAGGGAAGUGAAGAAACCCCAAAUGUUGCAUCAGAGCAAAACAAGCUUCAACCAACUUGUUUAUCAGCAAUCACAAGCCAUGCUGUUUCCCCACCCAAUAGGAAAGCUAGGGUUUCUGUUAGAGCAAGAUGUCAAACGGCAACGAUGAAUGAUGGGUGCCAAUGGAGGAAAUAUGGUCAGAAAAUCGCUAAGGGAAACCCUUGCCCUCGAGCCUACUACCGUUGCACGGUAGCACCAGGCUGCCCCGUCAGGAAACAAGUGCAACGAUGCCUGGAGGAUAUGUCGAUUCUGAUUACAACCUAUGAAGGAACUCACAAUCACCCACUCCCCGUGGGUGCAACAGCAAUGGCUUCAACAGCUUCAGCAGCAGCAGAUUCCUUUAUGUUCCUGGAUUCAAGCAACCCUCUCUCUAAUGGUAUCCCAAACUUGAGCCAAGCUUCUUUGCCUUACCAAAACCAUCCUCAUCUAAUGAAGUCUCAUAGGAACGUGAUGAACUUUACCGACCCUUCAAAAGGAACCAUUCUCGACCUCACAAACAACCGCCAUGUCAAUCAUCACUUCCCAACGGCUAGCUCUUCGAGCUCCCACCAUCCAUCACCAGCGUUCCCGUGGAUGCCAAGCAGAUUAAGCAAUGGAACCAGCUCCAGACAAUGGAAAUCUCAAGAAGAUAAGUCACUAGCUGAGAAUGUAACAGCAAUCGCUUCAGAUCCUAAAUUUAGGGUUGCAGUUGCGGCUGCCAUUACAUCUCUAAUAAAUAAAGAAAGCUAACCCAUCCCUCCUCCAAUUGCGUCAUCAUUCAUUGCCAUUGCCAUUGCCAUUGCCAUUGCCAUUGGUAACAACAAUUGGGCACUCGUGGAAGCUGGUUGGCCCAUUCAAAAUUACUUAUAAUUACUUGGGCUAUAAUACUUUGUGCUUCUUUACUUGUAAAUUAACUUUAAAGGCCGAUUGAAGAGUACAUAAAAAGGCAAUGUACUUUUUAUGUAUCUUGUCUGGAUUUGGUUUUUCUCUAUUUAAUAUAUAAGGUUGUUUUUUUUA